AUGGCGUUCAUAUCUUUCCUUGGAAGAGUUGUCUUCGUCUCUGUCUUCGUCCUCUCUGCGUACCAAGAGUUCAAUGAAUUUGGUGUUGAUGGUGGGCGAGCGGCAAAGUCUUUUAGGCCAAAGUUCGACAUUUUCGCCAAGCAUGUUACGACCCACACCGGAUUUGAAGUACCACCUGUAGAAAUGAAAAAUUUAGUCUUGGGUGCCAUCAUUAUGAAGGGACUCGGAAGCCUGUUGUUCAUUUUUGGCAGCUCUCUUGGAGCUUUUAUCCUUCUUCUGCACCAGGUAAUUUCGAUCGCCAUCUUAUACGACUUCUAUAACUACGAUGUUGAUAAGAAACAAUUUGUUGAACUCUUCGUGAAGUUCACGCAGGGUUUGGCACUUCUUGGUGCUCUGCUCUUUUUCAUCGGGAUGAAAAACUCAAUAUCGAGGAGAUCGUCUAAGAAGAAGGUGAAAAUGACUUAG